AUGACUGUGACAGUCCCAGAAUUCCAUGUCAUCAUCAUCGGAGCCGGCGCAACCGGCCUCCUCCUCGCCCAGGGCCUAAAAAAUUCCGGCAUCGCAUAUACCAUCUACGAACAGCAGGAUGAGGAGACCUACGCCCGCCGGGCCGGACAAUGGACCAUGGCCGUUCACUCUGCCCUGCCGUAUCUCGAGUCGAUCCUCCCUCCUGUCCUCCGCGCAAAACUGAACUCCACGACCACGAAUCCCUGGUCCGAGCCAGAUCCUGCCAUUGCGGCUGCUAUCCCGUUUGUGAAUGGUGCCACUGGCGAGUUGAUGGCGAAGAUCCCGAUGCCGAGUCCGAAGCGCGUUAUCCGGGGGAAGCUGCGUGAUCUGUUAAGGACGGGUGUGGAGGUUAGAUUCGGGAUGAGGUUGACCGACAUCCGGGUUGAAGAUGAUGGGGUUGUUGCUGUUUUCAAUGGGGAGGUGGUCAAGGGGAGUGUGCUUGUUGGAGCGGACGGAUCGCGGAGUGUGGUGCGAGGGCAACUCGUCGAUGCCGAGGUUGCGGCAUUGCAAAAGCCGAACAUCAUGGUUUUGAAUGCCUUCCCCACGUUCACCAGAGAGCAAGCCCUCUUCAUCCAUGCGAAAUCCCACCCAAUCGUGCAGCUCGCUCCCCAUCCACACCAGAAGACAAGUAUCUUCUCCAACGGUACGUCCUCAUUCCCUGCCAAGAGCGCAACUGACAAGCUAGUGGCCAACGUGGUCGACCCUGCUCGGCCGGAAACCUGGGUGUUUCACUAUUGCCUCUCGAUCUGGACGGCCGAGGAACCCCCAGAAAACGUCGAGGCGCGCCGCGCCCUGUUCAAACACUACAUGGGCCAAUACUGCGAACCCUACAAGUCGGCCGGCGAAUGGUUGAAUCAGGAUACACCAAUACUAGCCGAAAAGUUCCACUACUGGAAAAACAUAACACGGUGGGAUAAUUUCGGCGGAAAGGUCACCUUGGCGGGUGAUGCGGCGCAUCCGAUGGUCCCUUUCACCGCGCAGGGGUUGAAUACCGCCCUUGAAGACGUGAAGCACUUCCUUGAUGCCAUUGUCAAGGUUGUAUACCACGGCGCGGAUCUCCAGACGGAGAUGGAUGCCUACGAUGAGUCGGCAUAUACGCGUGGCAAGCGGGAUAUAGACUUGUCGACGGAGCAGAUGUACGCGUAUCAUCACUGGGAGGAGAUAAUGACCAGUCCGUUGAUGAAAGGAGGAUACGGUGCCCAAGCCAUAGUUCCACCAUCAAUUAAUUAA